UAGCUGCAUUUCAGCAUCCAAUGCUAUAGGUUCUCCGCUCUUCGAUUUUCAAAAUCGACUGGAUCUGAAGCAAUGUGCCCUUCUCUCCAAUUUUCAAUCUCCUGCAAGUGCUUGCUUUAAUGUAGACCAAAAUCUACGGAAAAUUUUCCCACGUAUCUACGGAAAACUGAUCGACUUUUCUGGCAACACUGAAAUUCUCAAUGUUUGCUGUUCCGUGUUCCGUGAUUUAUUAUUAUGGCUUAUGGCGCUUAUGGCAUUUCGUGAUUUGUGAUAGCGGUUUGUUGAUUUGUGCAACUUUUUUAAUUUUGUUAAUGAGUUUAUGAUUUCUAAGGAGAUAUUACGGCAUUUUUCCGAUUUUGCGGUUUCCAAUACUAUUUUUCCACCGUAUACUGUAAGUAGAUACAUGUUUUUGUGGCUUGGGCGUCAGGUUCCCCUAAGGAACAGAGCACAAUCUGCAAUUUGAAUGGUGUUGCAAAAACGUAUUCGCUUUUUCAGCAUACCCAGAUAACUAGAAACCAUACGUGACUCGACAGGUAUAUAUCUCUUGGAAGUAUAGCUUCAUUUGCCAACUAUAAAAAUGAAGACUGUGUUCAAAGAGGAUGAUAAGGUUUUUGCAAAAAUAAAAGGAUAUCCGGCUUGGCCGGCAAGGGUUCUAUCGAAUGAUGGGAAGAAGUAUACUGUCAAGUUUUAUGGUACUGGAGAAACAGGUGUCGUAAAAGACAGUGACUUAUUUUAUUACACAAAGAACAAAGAUAAGUUCCAGAAGCCACUAAAACGCAAAGAUUAUAUAGAUGCUUUCACUGAGAUUGAAGAAGCUAUAGAAAAGGCUGGAGGUGAUGGAGACCCAGAUACUGAUUCAGCUGCUAAUGAUUCUCUGAAUGGUACAGAUAAAUCUAUUAAGACUGGGAAGAAAAGCUUGGGCAAGAGAAAGUCUACUUCUGAAAAACCACCUCAAGAGGAUAUUACUCCAAAAAAGAAAAAGCCUACAAAAGAUUCAGCAGCAGAAACACCAGCAAAAAAUGCUGCCAAAAAGAAAGAUGAUGAGGAAACUCCUGUCAAAAAGGCACAACAGAGAAAUAGAUCUCAAGGUGAAAAAAGUGAUGUUGAUGAAAAAGAGAAACCUGAAAAACAGACCAGGAGAGCAUCACAAAAAAGAAACAAAAAAGAGAAUGAUGACUUAGAUGAUCAAGAUGUAUUUCCUACCAAGAAAACGAAAAGUACAAAGGAUGAGUCCAAGGAGAUUGAGUUUGUCACCAUUGAGGGCGAACAAACAUCCCCCAAUAAACGUCAAGAUGUUGAUUCUAGUAAAGAGAAAUUGGAGGAAAAAUCUGAUGAGCUAGAUUUCAAGGUGGAAGUCGUAUCAGAGAAAUCUUUGAAAUACAACAUUACUUAUGCUAAACACGUCAAAGAAUCAGAGUCAUUGUAUAAAGGUAGAGCUGUAGAACCAAGGGAAGAUUACAUCAACCAAGUGCUACCUAUACAGCUACCCUCCGGUACCAUUGGAGGCUUAAAAUUGCACACAACAUGGCCGCUGAAAUUUGAAAAUGAAUACGAGAGAGCGCUCUAUGACGAAUCUGUCGCUCUCAGAGUUUUGGAAGCGAAAUCAGAAGUUACAGUAUCAUCAGACUCUAGUAUUAUCAGUAAUCCAGAGCUAUUCAUACCCGAUAUACAAAUGACUUUAGAUGAAGUUAAGCAACGUAUAUGCAAGAAGGAGAUCGAGUGGAAAAACAUAAAAUUGAAAAGAUUAACGGUGGAAGCUAACCUGGUUAGUCUGGACGCGAAAAUCCGAAGCUGCUUGGGAUUGGACAGCGCGAACCCUAAGGAAGCCAUCGGGCACCUGGAGGAGAUGCGACAAUUGAUUUUCGACGAAAUAAUGCUAAAGAAGCACGCGCAUGUGGUUGAGAUGGUACGCAGGCUGCGCAAAUAUGUCGGCAAUGCCAAGGAGUGGAACAUGCCCGAAGAGUCACUCAACGAGUUCUCUACCCAAGCUGAGAAGGUCAGGAGUAAAGCUGAGCAGGUGUACACCAAGUUCAAGGAGGUGGUGAAAGUGCCAGAAGAUAUUGAGGGCGGUUUCUGGGAAGCUUUCUCAGAACUACUCAACACAUACAGAGAAGACUGUAAAGGUUUGACAGAGGAACAGAUACAACUGUUGUGUGCUGAACCUAGAUCACGAAUAGCUUUCUUGGAUACUUUAGAUGAAAAUGAAUCAGAAAAGGUGAGUGUAUAUUAAUAGAUCCAUUUUUUGUUGAGACAUGGUAUACACUUGGACACCUUGAUCUCCUGUCCUAGGCAUUCACUUACCCACUUCACGCAAUUAUGACGUUUAAUAUGAUUUGAGUUUUGGGUUUUCGUGAAGCUGAGUGACGGACUUAUUUGCAGGAGAAUUCAAGUGAACCACCAAAAGCCGAAAAAGAUGGGGGCGCAACAGAAGUGAAUGGAUCUGCAGAAGAGGAUCACUAAUAUUGAUUAUAAAUGCGUGUACAUAAAAGUUUGUUCGCAGCUGUAAUUUUUUGUGUCAGCAACAUUUCUUUACGUCAUGGAUUGCAUUUGUUUAAUAAAAAGAUUACACGAAGAUCAGUACGAUUGGAUUCCCGCAAUGUUCUAAAAUAAACAGGAUAAUUGUCUUA